GCUGCCAAAAAUUCUGUCUAUCUCACUCUUCACCCCUUCCCUCUAACUCUCGUCCCCGUUCUGCCCCUCCUUAGAGGUGUUUGCGAAGAUGAGUGCCGUGUGGGGAGAACAACUCGUUGAAUCGCUUUGGGCAAAAUUCACCCGUUCUCUCUCCUCCCUCCCCUCCGGCCUCUGGAUCCCGCGCAGCCCUCCCCGCUCCCCCUAGAGGAGUGGGGUUGGUGAUGUGCCUCUGUACUACUAAGGUGGGAGGGGGCUACCAGCAGAGGAUGUCAGAUGCUCAGUUCUCCCUUUCUGCCUGACGCUCCUCUCCGGCUCUGCCAGGAUUGGUCUCUGUAAGAAAUAGCAGGAGCUGUGGCAGCGGCGAGAGCAAGCGGCUGAGGCGCGUGGAACCUUAAAAGUCUGGGUGCUCGCAGUUACCUCGCAACGUGGUCCCAGCCAGCCGUCAGCACCAUGGACAGCGGCACCGUCCCCAGGAACGGCAGCAACUGCACUGACCCCUUCACGCACUCUUCAAGUUGCUCUCCAGCGCCUAGCCCUGGUUCCUGGGUCAACUUCUCCCACUUAGAUGGCAACCUGUCCGACCCCUGCGGUCCGAACCGCUCCGAGGUGGGCGGGAGUGCCAGCUUGUGCCCUCCGACCAGCAGUCCUUCCAUGAUCACGGCCAUCACCAUCAUGGCCCUCUACUCCAUCGUGUGUGUGGUGGGUCUCUUCGGAAACUUCCUGGUCAUGUACGUGAUUAUCAGAUACACCAAAAUGAAGACUGCCACCAACAUCUAUAUCUUCAACCUUGCUCUGGCAGAUGCCUUAGCGACCAGUACCCUGCCGUUCCAGAGUGUCAAUUAUCUAAUGGGAACAUGGCCGUUUGGAACCAUCCUCUGCAAGAUAGUGAUCUCCAUAGAUUACUAUAAUAUGUUCACCAGCAUAUUCACCCUCUGUACCAUGAGUGUCGAUCGCUACAUCGCAGUCUGUCAUCCGGUCAAGGCCCUGGAUUUCCGUACUCCCCGCAAUGCCAAAAUCAUCAACGUCUGUAACUGGAUCCUCUCCUCGGCCAUUGGUCUACCUGUAAUGUUCAUGGCAACGACCAAAUACAGGCAUGGUUCCAUAGAUUGCACACUAACAUUCUCUCACCCAACCUGGUAUUGGGAAAACCUGCUGAAAAUCUGUGUUUUCAUCUUUGCCUUCAUCAUGCCUGUCCUCAUCAUUACAGUGUGCUAUGGACUGAUGAUCUUACGUCUCAAGAGUGUCCGUAUGCUCUCUGGCUCCAAAGAAAAGGACAGGAACCUGCGGAGAAUCACCAGGAUGGUGCUGGUGGUUGUAGCUGUGUUCAUUGUCUGCUGGACUCCCAUUCACAUUUACGUCAUCAUUAAAGCCUUGAUAACAAUCCCAGAAACUACCUUUCAGACUGUAUCCUGGCAUUUCUGCAUUGCUCUUGGUUACACAAACAGCUGCUUGAACCCAGUCCUUUAUGCAUUUCUGGACGAAAACUUCAAACGAUGCUUCAGAGAGUUCUGUAUCCCAACUUCCUCCGCCAUUGAGCAGCAAAACUCCACUCGAAUUCGUCAGAACACUAGAGACCACCCCUCCACGGCCCAUACAGUGGAUAGGACUAACCACCAGCUAGAAAAUCUAGAAGCAGAAACUGCUCCAUUGCCCUAAGUGGGUCUCAUGCCAUUCAGACCCUCAACUGAACUUAGAAGCCACCAUCUUAUGUGGAAGCAGGUCACUGCAAGGAUGUAUGGAAAGUGCCUGCUCUGAGUCAUCGA